AGAGAGAGAGAGAGAUAGCAGACAGGUUACCAAUACUAGUGAAAUGUGAAAUCAGUAUUGUUAACUCAAUGUUUUAUGUUAUUUCUAGUUUAUCUAAUUCAUGUCUUUACUGUAUACAAAUUGUCUAAAAUCAUACUUCUGUUGUGACUUUUUGCGAAAAAUUAACUAAUGUAAAAUCAAGUAUUAUUGGCUUGUUUUAAAAAUGUAAAUAACUGUGAAUAGGCUAUCUGAUGGCGAACAAAGAUAGAAUUAUAUUCACUAAACCAGUUGAUGUGGAGGAAAUAGAUUACAAUGAGAUACAAAUUUUGGAGACUGUUGGUAAAGGAUCUUUUGGUGUAGUUUGCAAAGGUAGAUGGAGAGGAGAAUAUGUUGCAGUAAAACACAUAGAAUCAGAAGCAGAAAGGAAAGCAUUUGUCAUAGAACUAAGGCAAUUGUCAAGAGUUUGUCAUGCCAAUAUUGUCAAGCUUCAUGGAGCUUGUACUGUUGAUCCGUUUUGUCUUGUAAUGGAAUUUGCAGAAGGAGGCUCUCUUUAUAAUGUGCUGCAUUACCCACCCAAACCUGCAUACAACGCUGGCCAUGCCAUCAGCUGGGCUCUACAAUGUGCUCGAGGAGUGGCGUAUCUCCACAACAUGAAGCCAAAAGCUGUGAUUCACCGGGAUCUCAAAUCUCCAAAUCUUUUACUAAUAAGAGAUGGAACAAUAUUGAAGAUCUGUGAUUUUGGAACUGCAUGUGAAAGGAAGACUUACAUGACGAAUAACAAAGGGAGCGCCGCAUGGAUGGCUCCUGAAGUGUUUGAAAGCUCCAACUACACAGAGAAGUGUGACGUAUUCAGUUGGGGCGUCAUUCUGUGGGAGGUGUUAAGUCGGCAGAGGCCCUUCAGUGAUAUUGGCGGCACAGCCUAUAGGAUCAUGUGGGCUGUGCAUAAAGGAGACCGUCCUCCACUCAUUGAUGGCUGCCCUAAGCCUCUAGAGAACCUGUACACAAGGUGUUGGGACAAAAACGCUUCAAUCCGACCCAGUAUGGACGAAGUGGUGAGGAUAAUGUCGGUCAUUUACACAUUUGUCAGUGGCUACGACCAACCAUUGCAGUUUGACGAUGACGCUUACAGUUUCUACACAGAUGAUGAAGCAGAGGAAGAAUACGAGACUGAAAACACUCUGGGGUCACAAAGCAUCCCAGACUCCUACAUUGAAAGCUUAAGAAGUAACACAAUGAAUGGAACAGUCGAUCCUCAGCAGAGCUGUGAUCCCAGGUUUUCCACUCCUUUAGUCAUCAACGUAGAUCAGGAACCUUCCGAAUAUUACCCCCUCAAUGAUUUGGGCUGUGAAGAUGUGGACUACGAACCCUCAAUGAAGGGACCCUUACCUUAUCCUGAAACAAGUUCUCCUCAGAGACCACCUAACAGCCAGAGCUGUCCCCAGGAGGUAGAAAACGUGUACCUCAUGUUGGACCCUCAACUGCACCCCAUCCCUCCAGACACCACCUGUCACCAGUCCAUACAGAUCUUCGAGCAGCACAAGCAGUUGGCUCACGAGUUCUUGGAAGUGCAGACAGAGAUGGCCUUUCUACAAGAACACAUGAAACAGCUGGCAGAGCGGCUGUCACUAACGGCGGAUCAGCAACAAGAAGAGGAGGAGAUACGCCAACUGGAGACAGAGAAGGAAAAUUUAUUGCAACUUCACCGCAACCUCAAGAUUCAGUUAGAGUUGCUAAAGCAGCAACGCAGCGGCGGUGGCGGUGGCAGUGACGGACAAUCAAGUUCCUCUCGACCAGAAGAUUCGUGGAGCGACGGCUGGGUAGUGGUGCCUCACCCAACAUAGGAUCUUUUUCGCAUCCCUGCGCUACUUAUUUAAGCUGUGUGCUUUUUUACCUGAAUAUUUUUUGUACAUAUUGUGUAUUUUACAAUAAUGUUUAUCAACUUUGAAUAUGCUUUUUUCCUCGUAUGACCACGAUUGUGUUAGUUAUACUAAAAAUAAAGCUCUAUGACAUAA